CUCUCUCUCUCUCUCGGUACUAAGUUCUAAUGGACAGCAAUAACAUAGUUGAUUCUUCACCUCUUCAAGGAUCUCAAUCUCAACAACAAAUUAAUGAGCAUGUUACAACUCCCUCAAUCACUUCAAGUCAACCAAUGAGACCAACUAAACAACUUUGGAGCUGCAGUGGGCAGUGGCAAUAUAUUUGUUACUCCGUUUGAUUGUUUAGUGCCAACUGAACUACUCCAGAAUUUAUGAAAGUGACUAGUCACUGUACAUGAGAAGAAAAGAAAUUUUGGUGAAGCUGUUGGAAACUUGUUGUAGUAAGAUUGUAAUUGAGCAGUUGCAUUCACAGUGUUUGAAAUCAGGUCUCACCCAUGAUAGGUUUAUCGCAACCAAUCUUAGUGUGCUGUAUGCUAAAUAUGCACCAACGAGGCAUGCGCAUAUACUGUUUGAAGAAACACCCUACAAAACUGCCUAUCUAUGGAAUUCCAUGCUUAGGAGCUUAUGUAGGAAGAGAGCAUGGGAAGAGACCUUACGCCUUUUUCGCCAAAUGAUUGUUCAAACUGUAUCUGCUAAGGACAGACCUGACAGCUUCACAUUGUCAGUUGCUCUGAAAUCAUGUACAGGUCUUCUGGAGCUUGAAUUGGGAAAAACAAUUCAUGGAUUUAUCAAGAAGAAGAAUGAUAUGGACAUGUUUGUGGGGUCGGCUUUAAUUGAACUCUAUGCAAAAUGUGGACAAAUGAAUGAUGCUGCCAAAAUUUUUAUGGAAUAUUCAAAACCAGAUGUUGUUUUAUGGACUUCAAUGGUUACUGGGUAUGAGCAGAAUGGCAAUCCGAAAGAAGCUUUGUCUGUUUUUUCCUGUAUGACUGUGCAAGAACAUGUGAAUCCUGAUCCAGUUACACUUGUUAGUGCUGUUUCUGCUUGUGCUAAAUUAUCUGAUUUUAGGCUUGGAAGUAGUAUACAUGGGUUUGUAAUAAGAAGGGGCUUUACCACUAAAUUAGCAUUGGUCAACUCAUUGCUAAAUUUAUAUGCAAAAAGUGGUGCCAUCAAGAUUGCAGCUAAUCUGUUCAAGGAAAUGCCUAGUAAGGAUGUUAUAUCUUGGAGUUCAAUGGUUGCAUGUUACGCCAAUAAUGGAGCUGGAAACAAUGCAUUAGAUCUUUUUAAUAAAAUGAUUGACGAAGGUGUGGAACCAAACUCAGUUACGGUAGUUAGUGCAUUGCAAGCAUGUGCAUCCACUUCCAAUUUGGAAGUAGGCAUGAAAAUUCAUAAGUUGGCAGUUGAUAAAGAUUUUGAGUUGGAUGUAGCAGUCUCUACAGCUCUGAUCAACAUGUAUAUGAAGUGCUAUUCGCCUGAAAAUGCGAUUAAUGUAUUCAAAAGAAUGCCCAAGAAAGAUGUGGUCACAUGGGCUGCUUUGAUAAGUGGGUCUGCUCAAAUCGGGAUGGCGCACAUAUCAAUGGAGGUUUUCUGCAACAUGUUAUCUCAUGGAACCCGACCAGAUGCAGUUGCCAUAGUGAAGAUUCUUACUGCUUCCUCUGAAUUGGGGAUUCUUCCACAAGCUGCUUGUCUACAUGGUUUUGUUCUUAACAGUGGGUUCAACAGUAACAUAUUUAUUGGAUCAUCUCUCAUUGAGUUGUAUGCAAAAUGUGGUAGCAUACACAAUGCAAACAAGGUUUUCAAAGUAAUGAUAGAUAGAGAUGUUGUUGCCUGGAGCUCUAUGAUUGCAGCAUAUGGGCUCCAUGGGCAAGGAGAAGAGGCUUUGAAAUUAUUCAAUCAGAUGGUUAACGAUUCAGAUGUUAAGCCUAACAAUAUAACCUUCCUUUCAAUUCUAUCUGCUUGUAGUCAUGCAGGUUUGGUUGAGGAGGGCAUAAAGAUGUUUGAUAUGAUGUUAAAUGAGUACCAACUGAAGCCACAGUCAGAGCAUUAUGGGAUAAUGGUUGACCUUCUUGGUCGCAUGGGAGAAUUGGAUAGGGCAAUGGACAUAAUUAAUCAUAUGCCCAUGCCAGUUGGGCCUCAUGUUUGGGGAGCCUUACUUGGUGCGAGUCGGAUACACCAAAAUGUAAAGAUGGGGGAGAUUGCAGCAAUGAAUCUUUUCUCAUUAGAUCCUAAUCAUGCGGGAUAUUAUAUACUUUUAUCAAAUAUCUAUGCUGUUGAGAAAAAUUGGCAUAAUGCUUCAAAGCUUAGAACAUUGAUAAAGGAGAAUAGGUUGAAAAAGAUAGUGGGUCAAAGUAUGGUGGAAGUAAAUGAGGUUCAUAGUUUUGUAACUAGUGAUAAAAUGCAUGCUGAAUCUGAUCAGAUUUAUGAUUUGCUGACAAAAUUAGAUGUGAAAUUGAGGGAAGAAGGGAAUGCUCCUCAAUUACAGGCAUAGGAAAUUUUAUAUGUUCCACUCA